AUGCUGUGCGACCUGACGGAGACCUCGCGCGAGUUCGUGAUCGAGAACUCCCUCGACGUCCUUUUGGCCGAUUGCCUCCAGGCGUCGCUGCAGAAUCCGGAUGAGGGGGCGGCGAGGUUCGCCAAAUUGGGAGCUUUUUGUCCGAAUGGCAUCAUGCCGAAUAGAGGCUUUCCGGAGUUAAUCGCAGGGGUCCUCUACAACGGCGGAUCCACGAGCGAGAAAGUGACGAAAAUCACCCAUCUAAUGGGGCUUAUUGGCUCCCGAAUCGAAUUGUUUCAGGAUCUCAUGAAGGGUGCAUUAGCCUCUGUCGUUUUAAACGUGAUCUCGUGUGAGGCUUCUGCGCAGUUGGACUACAUCUCAACAUCUCGUUUGGCCGAUAUCUCACUCACGGACGAGGAGGAGGAUAUGGAGGGCGAGGGAUCGAUGAGCACGGAGGCCUUUGAUAAAUUUUGCCUUGCUAUUCGCCAGGCUAUUGCGCUCUGCGAUUGUGGGGCAGCCCCCUCGUCGAGUGCGUUUUUGGCCGCGCUGGAGGGGCCGCCCUCGCUCUCAGCGGCGAGUUAUGAGUUGGUGAAUCAUCUUUUUGAUAUUAUCGACCGGAUUAGCGGGCGAAUGGGGGUGGUACGUCGUCCGAAUGUGGCCUCUCUCGAUCUUCAUCAGGUAAGUACAAGCCCUGAUCCUCCUUCCCCUCUUAAAGAGGGGAAGGGUGUUCGGACUAGCACGGAAAACUUUGUUGGCGACCGCCGGGAGGCUUCUUCCCUGCCCUCAUCGGUAUCUCAGACCACACUUCGGCGCUGGCUCCUCGGGCUUUGUUCGUUUAUUCGGUUUAUGAAUCAACACGCGACCUUGGCGGCAGCGAAGCUUCCCUCGAUGCUCGAUUUUUUCUAUCCCAUUUCCUCCCUUCUGGAGGAUGUUUCUCGGGUUUGGUUGACGCUUAUCGAGGGCUGUACGGCCGACUAUUUGCAAGAACAUGCGCCGGCGAUGGUGGUGGAUUUGGUGAACAUUGAUUUUGCCACGCAUUCGAUUAGCGCGCCCGCCCUGCGCGGGCUUCGUUGGGCGAUUCAAAAACUUCACGCCCGCACCUCCGGCGAGUCCUUUUGGCAUUCUUACUUUCAAUUGAUGGGAACGACGAGCCGGUUAAUGGGCGCCUUGCGCGGCGACGUCGACCUGGGCUUUCACGUCGAGGGGGCGAACGCCGACGACGAGGACGCGACGCAGCCAACGGAGGCAUCGACGGCCGCGAGGUUAAAGCCCUCCGCGUCCGCGAAAGCCGGGCCUUCCAUCCCCGCCAUCGUGCCGCCGAUUGCGCAGGCGAAGGUCGUCGUCUGCGGGUUUCUCGCGAUCAUGCGGAGCAGCUCGCGGAAGUGCAAGGCGAUUUCGCUGCACGCCCUGCACGAGUACCUUCAGCGCGCGGACAUUAGCAUUCGCUUCGCCAUGAGCCAGGUCGCGAGCGAGAAUGUGGAGUUUUUGCCGGUUCUCCUCCGCGCCUCGCGCGAGCUGGAGCGGCGGGAGGUCGCGGACGUCCUCGCCUGCCUUGGGGUGAUAGGGGCGAUGCCGCCCUCGCUCUUUCGGGCCCGGCCCGAGCGGGCGGCGAGCGCGGCCGACCCCUCCUCUCACCCCGGGAAGCCGAAGGGCCUGGAUUCCCCGACCGGGGGGGAGCAUCUUCGCCAUUUCGUCGCCUCGGAGCGGUAUUAUUUGGAGCCGGAGUUGGUCCUGAGCUGGCGUGGGUUCUGCGGGCUGCUGCUCGAGGUGUACUGCCCGCGGGCGCUCGCGAAUACGUCGGACCCGGUCAUGCACGACCGCGCGGCCUACGCCGUGCAGGAGCUCCUGCGGGUCUGCGCGGGGAGGGAGCGGGGGGAGAUGAACGGCAUCCCCCUCCGCCCCGGGGACGUUUUGCGAGGGGAGGAGCUCGCGCGCUAUUCCUGGUGGGCCGGCCUGCCGCCGCGGAUCCAAACCACCCUGGAGGGGUUUCUCACCACCCGCUAUUCGACCUUGAUCGUCCACCGGACGGAGCGGCGGAGCCCGGAGUAUCGCACGGGGAUGCCGUUUUUGGCCUGGGCCUUUGCCGUCUUUCGCAACCUCGCCGGGCGCUGCUCGGGGUGGUUCGCCGAGGUCCUCGCCAUGCUGCGGAACGUGGCGAAGCGGGAUGGGAGUUUGAUUAUGUUUCUCCUGCCCUACAGCGUCGUGCACCUUCUCAAGCAGGGCGAUAACGCCGCGCUGGGGGAUCUUUUGCACGAAUUCGACGUCGUCUUCACCGCGGCGAGCGCGAUGGGCCCGUGGGUGGGGGCGGGGGGGCCGACGCCGUUUUGGAUGAGUUUGCGCGCGCAAAACCCGGCGGAGCCGACGAGCCCGCGCGGGGCAUCGCACGAGUGGAUCUCAACCCGCACGGGCGUCGAGGAGCACGCGCGGUAUCUUUUGCACCUUCUGGAGGACCUCCAUCAGCUCCACUGGGGGAUGCUGCGCGUGGGGCAUCGCCUGAGCAAACUCCGCGCGGCCGAGACGUACGAAUAUGUCGAGGAUACCUGCCUUCGCCUGGCCACGGCCUAUCGCGCCUUUGAGGAUCACGUGGAGUGGGCGAAGCGGGCGCAGGCGGGGAUCGCCGUCGGGGGUUUCCUGCGCGCCCUCCGCGCGGUCGAGUCGCCGCGGCGGCUGCCCAAACUCGUGGAUGUCGUCGCCGCGAUUCCGCUUCAGCGGGUUUUUGCCGCGCUCGGGGAUCGCGAUUCCGCGCGGAGCCUCCAUCGCCUCGCGCAUCACCUUCCCGCCUCGGAGGUCGCGUUUUCGCUCGAAAACAGUGGGGAUUGGCUGCUCGCCAUGCAGAAUUGCGAACUCGUCCUCCAACACGAGCCGUGGAGCAUCCCACAUCAGUUCACCCUCCUGCGUUGUAUGCGGCACCUCGGCCAACUACACCUGAUGGCGCGCUACGCCGAGGCCUCUAUCCGGCAAAACGAACAGCUCAAUACCCAUUUAACAAACCCUUCAUCUUCUUCUUUUUCCUUUUCGUCGUCUUCGGGGUCUUCGGCUUUUUCGUCCUCGCUUCGUCAGCCCUUUCACGCACCGGGGUCGCCCGACUUCACCGCGGCGGCGCUGCGGAACUACGCGAACGAGGCGGCCUGGCGGCUGGGGGAAUGGGAAAAAGUCCGCACCCACCCGACCCUCCCCGUGAGCCUCGCAGGGCCGGUUGUCAAACUCAUGGGGGCUUUUAUUGAGGCGGGCAGCGAAAGCGAAAAAGGAGAGGGAAUGGGGAAAGGCAAGCUUCCAUGGGAGGUCAAACUUGCCACCCAGGAGCAGCGUGAGAAGCUGAUUGAUAUUAUUCAAUCGACUUGUCGGGAGGGGUACAGCCAGAGUUACCCUCACCUGGUGAUGCUUCACGGGCUUGCGGAUGUGGAUUUGGUGGUGGAUAUGCUGCUGCUUCGUUCGCGAAGUUCUUUACAGUUUGGGGAAAUCAAAAAACGGUACUUUGCGGCAGAGGAUUCCUUUACUCCGCAAACAGGGGGUUCCGACGCGCGCGAUGGGGGGAUCGCGCAUCUGAGCGGUAGCCACGUGUUCACGAUGCCAUCGGGGGUUGGAGACGGUGAAGAAGAGGACCCUAGGAGGGCGGUGGCGUUGGUGGUCGAUGCCUUGAAAGCACGUUUAAGUUAUCUAGAUCACAGUUUAGAAGCGCGUGAGCCCAUUCUUUCCCUGCAUCGCACCAUUUAUCGCGCGCUCGGGUUAAAUCACGAGGUCUCUCAGACGUGGAUUGAGCACGCCCGAUUGCUUCGCGAUGCGGGGUUCUACGAGGCCGCCCUAAAUGCGGCUCGGCAAUCCGACUACGCGGCUUCCGACCCUGCCAGCUCCGCCUUUUACACGCUCAACGCGGUGAUCCUGCACGAUAUGAACGCCACCAUCCACGCGAUGGAGUUUGCCCAGCGGCAUGCCGAGAAUAAACAACUUUCCAGCGCCGUCCGCGCGCAGCUGCAGCUGCUCCUGACAAAUUGGAAACUCGAGGUCGGCUCACAGACGCCGAAGGAGGUGAUCAGCGCGUACGAGGCCGCACUGGAGCUGGAUCCGUCUUCCGAGGAAGCGCAUCACCACUUGGCGCUUUUUUACGACAAACUCUACGCGAUGUCUUGCCAGCAGCUGGAUCCGCCGUCAACGACGAAGCGGUCGACGAGCUCGUUUUCCAGCUUAUCACCGGCGGAGAAAGCCAACAUGGAGAAGUACCAUGGGGAUAUUCUCCAAUCCGUGGAGAACUACGCGCAGUUCGCGGUGAAGCACUUCGGCAAGGCGCUUUUAAAGGGCCACGAGACGAUGUCGGUUUCUCUUCCGCGGAUGCACACGCUUUGGUUGGAUGCCACCGCCACGCUUUUUGAUUUAACCUCGCCGACAACCUCCCCGCCCACCACCAUCGCCAAGGCGGAUUCCCUUCUUAAGCGUCUCAACAACCUGAUUGAAGGCUUUUUGCUCCCUCAGGAACUCAAAAAGGAGGAUGAGGGCAGUUCCCCAGCUGAUCCCAGCGGAGGUGGCAUCCCGCCCAAGGUGAUGAUGCAUGCCCUCCCGCAGCUUCUCUCUCGGCUUUGCCAUCCCAGCGCGCACGUCGGCUCGCUGCUCACGCGCACCAUCGUGAGCCUCAUGCGGGCCUUCCCCCAGCAGUGCCUUUGGAUGGUCCUUCCGAUUGUCUUCAGCCACCAAACCGCCCGCGCGAAGAUCGCGAAGUUGAGCAUUUUGAACCCCUUUAUUCAGCAGUCCGAGGCCCACAAGGUCCACCUCGAGAACGCCUACAUCAUCCUGCAAUCGCUGAUUGACCUGUGCAACUGCCCCGCGAGCGUCUUUGCCGACAACGCGAAGCUGACCCAGCAGCCCUUCAUCCAAAAGGCGGAGAAAAUCAUGCCCUCGGCGCGCUUUAUCCUCCCGACGCUGCGCAAUUUCACGCCGGACUUGACGGCGGAUCACGUCGAUGCGGUCUUCCCCGGGAGCCCGUGCUUUUUUCGCUUCGACGACAAGGUCCGGGUGAUGGCCUCCCUGCAGAUGCCGAAGCGGGUGUGGGUCUUCACCAACCACGGCGACGCCGUGUCUUUCCUCUGCAAGGCCAAGGACGAGCCGCGGAAGGACAUUCGCAUGAUGGAGAUCGCGGGGUUGAUGAAUACCUUUUUCCUGAAGGACCCCGCGGCCCGGCGGCACCGCUUCGAGCUUCGCCGCUACGCCAUCAUGGCGUUGACGGACGACUGCGCGUUUAUUGAGUGGGUCAACCACCUCAGCCCAUUGCGGACGGUGGUCAGCCAAACCUACGUCCUGGACGGGACAGGGGUGCGCACCUCGGAGGUGAAGAAGUGGUACACGAAGGUCGAGGCGCGGACGCUGAGCAAGAUGAAGCUCUUCACGCAGUACAUCCUCCCUGCCGCCCCGGCGGUGCUGCACCAGUGGUUUGACAUGGCCUUUGCGAGCAAUUCGGCCUGGUACCAGGCCCGCGAGCGCUUCACCCAGUCCACGGCCCUCUGGAGCAUCGCGGGCCACAUCCUCGGCCUGGGCGACCGCCACGGGGAGAACCUCCUCAUGGACCUCCACCGCGGCGAGCUGCUCCACGUCGACUUCGCCUGCAUGUUCGACAAGGGCGAGACCCUCGAGGUCCCGGAGCGGGUCCGCUUUCGCCUCACGCCCAAUCUCGUGGAUGGGAUGGGGGUGCUUGGGGUGGAGGGGGCCUUCCGCGCGCGAUGCGAGCUCGCCCUGCGCUGCCAAAUUCGGAAUAAAAAGGCGGUCAUGAGUAUCGUGGAGAUCCUCCUGCACGACCCGCUGGUGGAGUGGAGCGGGGGGCGCGGCUCGCGGCGGCCGGCAAUUGCGCCGAAGGGCUUGGUCGGACGCGUGGCCAGGAGGCUGGAUGGGUUUUUGGAUCUUUAUUCCAACCCAAGGGAGGAGGAUACCCUCGCGCUAAGUGUGGAGGGACAGGUCUCAAAGCUCAUUAGCCACUCCUCCGCUUUGGAGAACUUGUCGGAGAUGUACAUCUGGUGGAUGGCAUGGAUAUAG